GAUGGCGCUGGCAAGACGGUGAAAUGAACCCUGGAGCGGUCCACUGAAAACCUCGGCGGAUGUCUCAAGGGACUCUGCAGACCUGCUUACUUAGCAACACCUUGAAGCAAUCACGAAAAGGGGCACCAUCGGCUCCAGUUCGUCAGGAGUUUGAGGAAAUGCGGCUUGUCACUAAAGCAACUCUUCUACAAAUUUCAGUAGAUGUACAGUGGAGAGAGAACAUCUUGACCAGUUGCAGUACUGCCAGGCAUGGAGACACCAAUGUGCUGAACCACAAGAGGUUGCAAAGGGUUUUAGGCCCAGCCAGCUCCAUCACAGGCACAAAUAUCGAGGACAUCUUCACCAGCAGAGUCAUGCCAUCUUCUGGUUACUGUCAUUGAUGAGAAAGCACAGCAACUUGAAGUGAUUCAGGAAUAGCUUUUCCCCCUCCCCAUAAGAUUUCUGAACAGUCCUCAGGUGGCAUGCAUUGAAGGUAAGAGGGGUAGGUUCAAGGGGGAUGUGAGGGCUAAGUUGUUUUUACUCAUAAAGAAUGGUGGAUGCCUGGAAUGUGCUGCCUGGGAUGGUGGUAGAGGCAAAUACAUUUGAGGCUUUUAAGAGACGUUUGUAUAGGUACAUGGAUGUGAGGAACAUGGAGGGAUAUAGAUAAUAUGUAGGUAGGAGGGAUUAGUGUUUAAGGUUUUUUUUAAAUUUACUUUUCAGCUAGUUUGGCACAAAACUGUGGGCUAAAGAGCUUGUUCCUGUGUUCUAUGUUCUGUGCAGAACUUUGCAAAUAUACUUUUACCUCAGCAAUACUGCCGUCCCCCGCUUUACGAAUGUUCACUUUACGCCAUUCCACUUUCACAAAAGACCUACAUUAGUAACCUGUUUUUGCUUUACAAAGAGGAUUUUCGCUUUUACAAUAAUUUUUCCCUUAUGAAUUAAUGGUUCUUCGCUAUAUGCCAUUUCGGCCUGAGAAAGGUUUCAUUGGAACAUUCUUCCUUUGUAAAAGGUGGGGGGCACCUGUAAUCUGGAGUGUGACGUCCGCUUCUUGUGAAGCCUUGCCAUUACUGCAGAAAGAUAGGUGGGUAAUGCUUGGAGUCACAAAGGGAGCAUUGUUGAGUUCAAGUGUCUCCAGUUUUAGUGCAAUUAAACAUAAUACUCAGGCCUUACAAAAAUCAACACUCAAUCUAAAUGGUGUUCUUAUUUUUAAAACAUGAGAGUGCAUUAAUUCAGGAUCAGAUAUGGUGACAUGGUCAUCGUGGUUAAGAUCAGACACACACAAUGGAGCUGAUGGUACUUGGCCACACAAUCAAGAUUAUCGCACACAGAAUGCUGAGGAGCUCAGCAGGUCAGAUGGCAUCCAUGGAGGGAAAUAAACAGCUAACCUUUCAGACUGAGACCCUUCGGUAUGACUUCAUCCUGAUUGAGGGACUCAGCAUGAAACAUUAAUUAUUUAUUUUCUCUAUUGAUACUGCGUGACCUGCUGAGUUCCUCCAGCAUUUCGGAAUCAGGUUUAGUAUCACCAACAUAGGUUGUGAAAUUUGUUAACUUUGCAGUAGCAGUACAAUGAUAGAUAGAUGAUAAAUAUAAAAAAAACUGAAUUAUAGUGUAUAUAUAUACACACGUGUGUGUGUGUGUGUGUGUGUAGUUAAAUAGUUAAAUAAGUAGUGAUAAAACAGAAAUGAAUUUAAAAAAGUAGUGAGGUAGUGUUCAUGAGUUCAAUGUCUUUUCAGAAAUUGGAUGGCAGAGAGGAAGAAGCUAUUCCUGAAUGAUACAGCGUUGUACCUUCAGGCUUCUGUAUCUUCCUGAUAGUAGCAAUGAGAAGGGGACAUGUCCUGGAUGGGGAAUCCUUAAUGAUGGGCACUGCCUUCCUGAGGGCACUGAUCCUUGAAGAUCAUUUGGGUACCAUAGAGUUUAGUACCCCUAAUGGAGCUGACUAAUUUUACAACUUUCUGCAACUUGCAUUGAUCCUGUGCAGUAGGGAGAGAGAGAGAGAGAGAGAGAGAGAGAGAGAGAGAGAGAGAGAGAGAGAGAGACACACACACACACACACACACACACACACCAUCUGUAGAAGUUUUUGAGUGACAAAUGAAAUUUUUAGGUGACAAAUGAAAUCUCCUGAAACUCCUAAUGAAAUAUAGCCACUACCUUGCCUUCUUUAUAGCUGCAUCAAUAUGUUGUGGCCAGGGUAGGUCCUCAGAGAUAUUGACAUCCAGGAACUUGAAAUUAUUCACUCUCUCCAUUUCUGAUCCCUUGAUGAGGACUGGUGUGUGUUCCCUUGUCUUACCCUUUCUGGUCCAUAAUCAGCUCUUUAGUCUUGCUGGCGUUGAGUGCAUUGUCGUGACACCACUCAAUGAGCUGAUCUAUCUCGCUCAUGUACACCCUCCCACCGCCAUCAGAAGUUCUGCCAACAAUAGUAUCAUCAGCAAAUUUAUAAAUGGCAUUUGAGCUGUGCCUGGGCACACAGCGGUGGGCUAAGCACACAUUUCUGAGACAUGCCAGUGUUGAUUGUCAGUGAGGUGGAGAUGUUAUUUCCAAUUUGUUAAUCUUACUCGAGAUUUCCAGCACCUGCAGAAUUUCUGGUGUCCAAAAUUGUCACCCUCUUAAUGUUACAGGUCUUAGUGAGAUUCCCUAUGUUACUACGUCCACCAGUGGCAACAUAUUUCCACCAAUCUUUAUUCAGAAUUCUCUACAUCAGUGAUAAUAAAUCUGAUUCUGAUUGUGACAACAGCCAAGCCUUCAAUGGUCUGGAAUUCCAUCUCCAACCUCCAAUUCUUUACACACAGGUAAUGGUUACCUUUCCCACAGCUUGGUGACAAAUCACUCAUCCUGAGCUAUUGAUAUUUAGAGAUACAGCACAGAACAGGUCCUUCCAGCCCUUCAAGCCCUGCCACCCAGCAAUCCUCAACUGCUUUAAACCUAAUCCAAUCACAGGACAAUUUGAAAUGACCAACUGACCUAUCCGAUGUGCCUUUGUACUGUAGGAAGAAACUAGAAGACCCGAAGAAAACCCACGCAUCCCACUGGGAGGAUGUACAGAGUCUCCUUACAGGGGACCCGGGAACUGAACUCCAAACUCUGGAAUGCCUCAAACUGUAAUAGUGUUGCACUAACCACUCUGCUGCCAUGACACCCUAAAGAUAGUUGAAUGUCAAAAACAUUGUAUAAAUCCAAUGAAAAGCAGAAACCACUAGGGAUUUCUCAGUAGCAGCAGAGUGUGUGGUAAAUAAAGGCAUGGGCUCCCAGAUGACCACGGAGCUGUCUGCGGAGUUUGCAUGUUCGCCCUGUGAAUUCGUCUCUUUACAGGCAGCCACGAAACAAACAAACUCAAAAGAACCCAUUAAAAAAAACCUGACAAACUCCCAAGGUGCAGAGAGGAAGAAACACAAAUUGUGCAAACAAUGAAAGUAAGCAAAUAGCAUUCAGAAUGAAAAUAAGUCCUCAAACACAAAGCCUGAAGCAGCUGGAGCCGACCACAACCUCAGCGCACUGCAGAGCAGGAGAAAUGUCAUGGAGAUAACAGACACGAAGAUCAGAGCCACCACAGCCUCAGCUUCAGUGCAACGCAGUGAGCAGAACCAGCACAACCCUCACCUCUGGUCCUGACACUCUGUCUUUCCAAUCCAUCUGGCCGGGCAUUUACACCCAAACAUCAGGUCUUUCCUCAUUCUCAGACUGGGAUCCUGUCGCAUCGAUACACACUGGGCCUGGACCUGACCUUUCCAAAUCAGCCCAGCACAUAGACCAGUCAAAGGUGAGCAAGUCGGCAAAUUAACAGGCCACUAGAAGCAGCCCCUAGUGUGUAGCUGAGUAGGAGACAAUAAAAAUGACGCCAGUCUGCAUGGGUGAUUGAUGAUUGGAAGGGGCUUGGUGAGCCAUCUAUUGUCCAGCAGCAAAGAGACACAGAGAACCUACACAAUACAGGCCCUUCCUGUAAUUUAACUCAGGGUUACCCAUUGCCCUCUAUUUUUCUAAGCUCCAUGUACCUAUCCAAAAGUCUCUUAAAAGUCUAUCUAUCCGCCUGCACCACAGUUGCUGGCAGCUCAUUCCACGCACUUACCACUCUCUGUGUAAAAACGUUUACCCCUGACAUCUCCUCUGUACCUACUUCCAAGCACCUUACAACUGUGCCCUCUCAUGUUAGCCAUUUCAGCCCUGGGAGAAAGCCUCUGACUAUCCACAUGAUCAAUGCCUCUCAUCACUUUGUAUACCUCUAUCAGGUCACCUCUCACGUUCCACUGCUCCAAGGAGAAAAGGCCAAGUUUACUCAAUCUGUUCUCAUUAGGCAUGCUCUCCAGUACAGGCAACAUCCUUGUAAAUCUCCUCUGCACCCUUUCUAUGGUUUCCACAUUCCUUCCUGUAUUGAGGCAACCAGAACUGAGCAUAGUACUCCAAGUGGGGUCUGACCAGGGUCCUAUACAGCUCUUAAACUCAAUCCCAUGAUUGAUGAAGGCCAAUGCACCAUAUAUCUUCUUAACCACACAGUGCAGGAACUUUGAGUGUCCUAUGGACUUGGACUCUAAGAUCCCUUUGAUCCUCCACACUGCCGAGAGUCUUACCAUUAAUACUAUAUUCUGCCAUCAUAUUUGACCUACCAAGAUGAGCCACCUCACAUUUAUCUGGGUUGAACUCCAUCUGCCACUUCUCUGCCCAGUUUUGCAUUCUAUCUAUAUCCCACUGUAACCUCUGACAGCCCUCCACACUAUCCAUAACACCCCCAACCUUUGUGUCAUCAGCAAACUUACUAAUCCAUCCCUCCACUUCUUCAUCCAGAUCAUUUAUAAAAAUCACGAAGAGUAAAGGUCCCAGAACAGAUCCCUGAGGCACACUACUGGCCACCGACCUCCAUGCAGAAUAUGACCUGUCUACAACCACUCUUUGCCUUCUGUGGAUAAGCCAGUUCUGAUCCACAAAGCAAUGUCCCCUUGGAUCCCAUGGCUCCUUACUUUCUCAAUAAGCCUUGGAUGGGGUACCUUAUCAAAUACCUUGUUGAAAUCCAUAUACCCCACAUCUACUGCUUUACCUUCAGCAAUAUGUUUAGUCACAUCCUCAAAAAAUUCAGUCAGGCUCAUAAAGCAUGAGCUGCCCUUGAUAAAGCCAUGCUGACUAUUCCUAAUCAUAUCAUGCCUCUCCAAAUGUUCAUAAAUCCUGUCUCUCAGGAUCUUCUCCAUCAACUUACCAAGCACUGCAGUAAGACUCGAUGGCCUAUUAUUUCCUGGGCUAUCUCUGCUCCCUUUCUUGAAUAAGGGAACAACACCUGAAACCCUCCAAUCCUCUGGAAUCUCUCCUGUCCUCAUUGAUGAUGCAAAGAUCAUCAAUCGCCAGAGGCUCAGCAGUCUUCUCCCUCGCCUCCCACAGUAGCCUGGGGUACAUCUCAUUUGGUUCCAGCAACUUAUCCGACUUGAUGUUUUCCAAAAGAUCCAGUACAUCCUCUUUCUUAAUGUCUAUAUGUUCAAGGUUUUCGGUCCACUGUAAGUCAUCCCUACAAUCGCAAAGGUCCUUUUCUGUAGUGAAUACUGAAGCAAAGUAUUAAUUAAGUACUUCUGCUAUCUCCUCCGGUUCCAUACACACUUCCCCUCUGUUGCACUUGAUUGGUCCUAUUCUCUCACGUCUUAUCCUCUUGCUCUUCAUGCACCUGUAAGAUGCCUUGGGGUUUUCCUUAAUCCUGUCCAUCAAGGCCUUCUCAUGGCCCCUUCUGGCUCUCCUAAUUUCAUUCUUAAGCUCCUUCCUAUUAGCCUUAUAACUUUCUAGACCUCUAUCAUUACCUAGUUUUUUGAAUCCUCCUUAAUCUUUUUUCUUCUUGACUAGAUUUUCAACAGCCUUUGUACACCACGGUUUCUGUACCCUACCAUCCUUCCCCGUCUCAUUAGAAUGUAUCUAUGCAGAAUGCCAUGCAAAUAUCCCCUGAACAUUUGCCACAUUUCUGCUGUACAUUUCCCUGAGAACAUCUGUUCCCAAUUUAUACUUCCAAGUUCCUGCCUGAUAGCUUCAUAUCUCUCCUUACUCCAAUUAAAUGUUUUCCUAAUUAGUCUGUUCCUACCCUUCUCCAAUACUAUGGUAAAGGAGAUAGAAUUAUGAUCACUAUCUCCAAAACACGCUUCAACUGAGAAACCUGACACCUGACCAAGUUCAUUUCCCAAUACCAGAUCAAGUACAGCCUCUCGUCUUGUAGGCUUAUCCACAUAUUGUGUCAGGAAACCUUCCUGAACACACCUAACAACCUUCACCCAUCUAAACCCCUCGCUCUAGGGACAUGCCAAUCGAUAUUUGGGAAAUUAUAAUUCCCACCAUGACAACCCUGUUAUUAUUAUACCUUUCCAGAAUCUGUAUCCCUUCUGCUCCUCAAUGUCCUUGUUACUAUUGGGAGGUCUGUUUAAAAAAAAAACAAAAAACACCCAGUACAGUUAUUGACCCCUUCCUGUUCCUAACUUCCACCCACAGAGACUCAGUAGACAAUCCCUCCAUGAUGUCCUCCUUUUCUGCAGCCGUGACAUUAUCUUUGAUCAACAGGGCACACCUCCACCUCUUUUGUCUCCCUCGCUGUCCUUUCUGAAAUAUUUAAAGCCUGGCACUCGAAGAAAACCAUUUCUGCUCUUGAACCAUGCAAGUCUCUGUAAUGGCCACAACAUCAUAGUUCCAAGUACUGAUCCAUGCUCUAAGCUCAUCUACUUUGUUCAUGAUGCUUCUUGCAUAUUUUAAUGCAAGACCAUCGGUCUGAGCGCAUCCCUUCUCUAUUACCUGCCUAUCCUCCCUCUCAUACUGUCUCCAAGCUUUCUCUAUUUGUGAGCCAACCGCCUCUUCCUCCAUCUCUUCAGUCUGUUUUCCACCCCUCAGCAAAACUCUCCCCAAUAGCCUUAGCAAACCAUCCUGCCAAGAUAUUGGUCCUCCUCAGAUUCAAGUGCAACCCGUCCUUUUUAUACAGGUCCCAAUGAUCCAGAAAUCUGAGUCUCUGCCCCCUGCUCUGAUCCCUCAGCCACACAUUUAUCCUCCACCUCAUGUAUGAUUCCAUUUUGCUGUUGGUGGGAUGGGGCAGCUCCAGAUACACUACUUUAGAGUAGUGGUUAGCACACCGCUUUACAGUGCAGGUGACCUGGGUUCAUUUCCCACUGCUGCUUGUAAAGGGUUUUGGAUGUUUUCCCCCUUGACUUCAUGGGCUUCCUCUCGGUGCUCUGGUUUCCUCCCUCAGAUCAAAGAUGUACCAGUUGGUAGGUUAAUUGGUCAUUGUAAAUUGUCCCCUAUCUAGGAUUAAAUGGAAGAGUGCUGGGUGGAGUGGCUUGAAGGGCUGGAAGGUCUGUUCCACACUGUAGCAUAAUAAACACUCAGGUGAGAUAUACUUGGUUGUUAAUCUUGAAGAUGUUAUAGUCAAUGGCAUAGAGAGCCUUCUUUGGAACAACAGAAACCGAGGGCUGACUGAAAAAUUCUUGCUUUAGGAGUUGUAAUGUACAAGGCUUUCUAACAGGAAAUGGGAAGUUGUGGGGAGGCAAUCUAAUCAGAUCUAACUUCUGAAAUGUAGAGCCAAUUGACUUCGCUUUCCACCAGUUUCCCGUCUCCACACCUCUCCCCACAAUCACUUGCUAUCAGCAGAUCUCAUUGCCAAGUGGCAUGCAUUCAAAAAGAAUAGCAGAGAGCAAGGAAAUCUCCAGAUCACAAACACAGAUUUUUGGAACAGUAGUCCUUAUGAAGUCUGGUAUGCUAAAGCGAGUCAUUCAGGUUCAGAUUUUAGAAGCCCACAAAUUCAUGUGUACAGAUUCUCGUAAACAGGUUCACCUUCUUGGAAGCUGUCAGGACAGAAGAUACUGCCAGUCUGAGAGGCGGACAGGUCUGCGAGCCGAAAACUGGUGCAGAAGCAGAGCUGAGGAGUCAGACAUCAGGAAGAGCCGUGGUAGUAGGGGACUCCAUAGUGAGAGGUACGGAAAGGGGUUUCUGUGGCAACAGGCAAGAUUUAAGGAUGGUGUGUUGCCUCCCUGGUGCUAGGAUCCAGGACAUUACGGACCGAUUGCAGGGAAUCCUCAAGGGUGAAGGUGAACAGCCAGAAGUGGUAGUGCAUGUUGGCACAAAUGACAUCGGGAAGAAGAGGAAGGACAUUCUUCAGCGGGACUUCAGAGAACUCGGAAGAAGGCUGAAAAGCAGGACUUCCAGUGUGGUUAUCUCUGGUUUGCUUCUAGUUCCUUGUGCUGGAGAGGGCAGGAACUGAGAGAUAAUGGAUCUGAAUGUGUGGCUGAGGAACUGGUGCAGGAAGCAAGGAUUUACAUUCUUGGACCACUGGGAUCUGUUUUGGGGUAGGGAUGAAUUGUACAAAAGGGACGGGUUGCACCUUAAUAGGUGGGGGAUCAACAUUCUGGCAGACAGGAUUGCCACUGCAACACGGAUGUGUUUAAACUAAGUAGUGGGGGGAGGAGGGGAUGAACUGGAAAUAUAAAGAUGGAGUUAAAGGGAAAAUGAAAAUAAGAAAAGUUAAAAAGGACAACAGAAUCAAUGGAGUAGAAAGCUCAAGAAGAGAUCAUUCAGUAUGGCCAAGUGAAAUAGGAAUUGAUAUGAAAGGAGAGGGGAGUACCAAAUUAAAAGUAUUAUAUAUGAAUGCACGAAGUAUAAGGAAUCAAGUAGAUGAGCUUGAGGCUCAGUUGGAAAUUGGCAAGUACGAUGUUGUGGGAAUAACUGAGACAUGGCUUCAAGUGGACAGGGCCUGGGAAAUGAUUAUACAAGGUUAUACAUCUUAUUGAAAGGACAGGCAGAGGGAGUGGGGUGGCUCCUUUGGUGAGAAAUGAUAUUCAGUCCCUUGUGAGGGGGGACAUAGAAUCUGGGGAUGUAGAGUCAGUAUGGAUAGAACUGAGAAAUUCUAAGGGUAGAAAGACCCUAAUGGAAGUUAUCUACAGGCCCCCAAACAACAGUCCGGAUGUAGGUGUAUAAGUUGAAUGAAGAGUUAAAAUUGGCAUGUCGCAAAGGUAAUGAUACAGUUGUCAUGGGAAAUUUCAUCAUGCAGGCAGACUGGGAGAAUCAGAAUGGUACUGGACCCCAAGUAAGGGAGUUUGUGGAGUGCCUCUGAGAUGGAUUCUUAGAACAGCUUGUACUGGAGCCUACCAGGGAGAAGGCAAUUCUAGAUUUAGUGUUGUGCAAUGAACCGGAUUUGAUCAGGGACCGUGAGGUAAAGGAACCAUUAGGAGGUAGUGACCAUAAUAUGAUAUGUUUUAACCUACAAUUUGAGAAGGAGAAGGGAAUAUCGGAUGUGUCAGUAUUACAGUUGAACAAAAGGAACUAUGGAGCUAUGAGGGAGGAGCUGGCCAAAGUUCAAUGGAACAAUACCCUAGCAGGGAAGACAGUGGAACAAAAAUGGCAGGUAUUUCUGGGAAUAAUGCAGAAGGUGCAGGAUCAGUUCAUUCCAAAGAGGAAGAAAGAUCCUAAGGGGAGUAAGGGGUGGCUGUGGCUGAUGAGGGAAGUAAAGGGCAGUAUAAAAAUAAAAGAGAAGAAGUAUAACAUAGCAAAGAUGAGCGGGAAACCAGAGGUCUGGGAAGCUUUUAAAGAGCAACAGAAGAUAACAAAAUAGGCAAUACGCCUAGAAAAAAUGAGGUACGAAGGUAAACUAGCCAAGAAUAUAAAGGGGGAUAGUAAAAGCUUCUUUAGAUAUGUGAAUAGCAAAAAAAAAUAGUUAAAACCAAAAUUGGGCCAUUGAAGACAGAAACGGGUGAAUUUAUUAUGGGGAACAAGGAAAUGGCAGACGAGUUGAACAGGUACUUUGGAUCUCUCUUCACUAGGGAAGACACAAACAAUCUCCCAGAUGUAAUAGUGGCCAAAGGAACUAGGGUAAAGGAUGAACUGAAGGAAAUUUAUAUUAGGCAAGAAACGGUGUUGGAUAGACUGUUGAGUCUGAAGGCUGAUAAGUUCCUGGGACCUGAUGGUCUGCAUCCCAGGGUACUUAAAGAGGUGGCUCUAGAAAUCGUGGACGCAUUGGUAAUAAUUUUCCAAUGUUCUAUAGAUUCAGGAACAGUUCCUGCUGAUUGGAGGGUGGCUAAUGUUGUCCCGCUUUUCAAGAAAGGGGGUAGAGAGAAAACAGGGAAUUAUAGACCGGUUAGCCUGACGUCAGUGGUGGGAAAGAUGCUAGAGUCAAUUAUAAAAGAGGAAAUUAUGACACAUUUGGAUAGCAGUAGAAGGAUCAGUCUGAGUCAGCAUGGAUUUAUGAAGGGAAAAUCAUGCUUGACUAAUCUUCUGGAGUUUUUUGAGGAUGUAACUAUGAAAAUGGACAAAGGCGAGCCAGUGGAUAUAGUGGACCUGGACUUCCAGAAAGCUUUUGAUAAAGUCCCAUAUAGGAGAUUAGUGGGCAAAAUUAGGGCACAUGGUAUUGGGGGCAGAGUACUGACAUGGAUUGAAAAUUGGCUGGCUGACAGGAAACAAAGAGUUGUGAUUAAUGGGUCCCUUUCUGAAUGGCAGGCUGUGACCAGUGGGGUACCGCAAGGUUUGGUGCUGGGACCGCAGCUGUUUACAAUAUACAUUAAUGAUUUAGAUGAAAGGAUUAAAAGUAACAUUAGCAAAUUUGCUGAUGACACAAAGCUGGGUGGCAGUGUGAAAUGUCAGGAAGAUGUUAUGAGAAUGCAGGGUGACUUGCGCAGGUUGGGUGAGUGGGCAAAAGUAUGGCAGAUUAAUGUGGAUAAAUGUGAGGUUAUCCACUUAGGUGGCAAGAACAGGAAGGCAGGUUACUAUCUAAAUGGAGUCAAGUUAGGAAAAGGGGAAGUACAACGAGAUCUAGGUGUUCAUGUACAUCAGUCAAUGAAAGCAAGCAUGCAGGUAAAGCAGGCAGUGAAGAAAGAUAAUGGCAUGCUGGCUUUUAUAACAAGAGGAAUUGAGUAUAGGAGUAAAGAGGUCCUUCUGCAGCUGUACAGGACCCUGGUGAGACCCCACCCGGCGUAUUUUGUGCAGUUUUGGUCUCCAAAUUUGAGGAAGGACAUUCUUGCUAUUGAGGGAGUGCAGCGUAGGUUCACAAGGUUAAUUCCCGGAAUGGUGGGACUGUCAUAUGUUGAAAGAUUGGAGCGACUGGGCUUGUAUACACUGGAAUUUAGAAGGAUGAGAGGGGAUCUGAUUGAAACAUAUAAGAUUAUUAAGGGAUUGGACACACUGGAGGCAGGAAGCAUGUUCCUGCUAAUGGGUGAGUCCAGAACUAGAGGCCACAGUUUAAGAAUAAGGGGUAGGCCAUUUAGAACAGAGAUGUGGAAAAACUUUUUCACCCAGAGAGUGGUGGAUAUGUGGAAUGCUCUACCCCAGAAGGCAGUGGAGGCCAAGUCUCUGGAUGCAUUCAAGAGAGAGUUAGAUAGAGCUCUUAUAGAUAGCGGGGUCAAGGGAUAUGGGGAGAGGGCAGGAACGGGGUACUGAUUGUAUAUGAUCAGCCUUUAUCAUAGUGAAUGGCUAAGCUGGCUAGAAGGGCCGAAUGGCCUACUCCUGAACCUACUGUUUAUUGAG